AUGGGUUGCGGAAUGAGCACGGAGGAGAAGGAGGGCAAGGCCCGCAACGAGGAGAUCGAGAACCAGCUCAAAAGGGACAAGAUGAUGCAGCGGAACGAGAUCAAGAUGCUUCUUCUGGGUGCUGGUGAAUCCGGAAAGUCGACCAUCUUAAAACAGAUGAAGAUCAUCAACGAGGGUGGUUACUCACGCGACGAGCGAGAGUCGUUCAAAGAAAUCAUCUUUAGCAACACCGUCCAGUCCAUGCGCGUCAUUCUAGAAGCCAUGGAGUCUUUGGAGUUGCCAUUAGAAGACCAGAGAAUGGAGUACCAUGUCCAGACAAUCUUCAUGCAACCCGCUCAGAUCGAAGGCGACGUAUUACCCCCGGAGGUCGGCAACGCGAUCGAGGCUCUAUGGAAAGACCGUGGUGUCCAAGAAUGUUUCAAGCGAUCGCGAGAAUACCAACUAAAUGAUUCGGCUAGAUACUACUUCGACAAUAUCGCUCGUAUUGCCGCGCCGGAUUACAUGCCUAACGACCAGGAUGUCCUCCGAUCUCGUGUCAAGACUACCGGUAUCACCGAAACGACCUUCAUCAUCGGCGAUUUGACAUACAGAAUGUUCGAUGUCGGUGGACAGCGAUCAGAGAGAAAGAAGUGGAUCCACUGCUUCGAGAACGUGACGACCAUCCUGUUCUUAGUCGCCAUAUCGGAGUACGAUCAGUUACUGUUCGAAGACGAGACCGUCAACCGUAUGCAAGAGGCGUUAACUCUAUUCGACUCCAUCUGUAAUUCGCGGUGGUUCAUCAAGACCUCAAUCAUCUUGUUCUUGAACAAAAUCGAUAGAUUCAAGGAGAAGCUGCCUAUCAGCCCGAUGAAGAACUACUUCCCUGACUAUGAGGGCGGUGACGACUACGCGGCGGCUUGUGAUUACAUUCUCAACCGAUUCGUUAGCUUGAAUCAGCAUGAGACUAAGCAGAUCUACACGCAUUUCACAUGCGCGACGGAUACAACGCAGAUCCGAUUCGUUAUGGCUGCAGUUAACGAUAUUAUUAUCCAAGACAACCUCCGUCUCUGUGGUCUCAUUUGA